AUGGUGAACUGGAUUCUCGGAGACAAGUUCGACACCGUCUACCCUCACCAAGGGUCGAUCAAGGCUUUGUGGGAAAAGAAGUGGAAAUUCCCUUGCACCAAGUCCAUCUACCCAUUCCAUGAUGGUUCAGUGGAAGAUUUCGAGCCUAUCUUCGAAAAGCUGAUUGCCGACAGCGUCAAUGAUGCCAGCACAGAUGCAUACACGGAGGCUUUCCUGCCUACCGCAGCAGCGCUAGAGAAGCAGGGCGAUGAAGCCCUGAAGAGCGGCAACUCCGGCCUCGCGUCAGACCUCUACCGUCGUGCAGCAGUGGUUCUGCGCAUCUCGCGUUUCCCAUACGUGAGCCCGGCCACACGCCCAGAGACCUCCAUCAAGCGGGCUGCCUUCAACCAGCAGAAGAAGGUGUACCUGAAAGCCACUGCUCUGUGGAAGCCUAUCAUGACCGAGGUGAUCAUUCCGCAUGCCCAUCGUGCCGGUAAAGACGGCGCUGAGAUCCCGAUGCUCGUCCGCUUGCCUGAGGAGGCCAGCGCCGAAAACCGUGUGCCGGUCGUGCUUCUCAUGACUGGUCUGGAUGGCUACCGUCCUGACAAUAGCCAGCGCAGUCAUGAGAUCAUUAGCCGUGGGUGGGCGACUGUCAUCGUCGAAAUCCCCGGUACUGCGGACUCGCCUGCGGACCCUGCGGACCCGGAGUCGCCUGAUAGACUCUGGACGAGUGUUCUGGACUGGAUGGCCCGGCAGCCCCAGUUUGACAUGUCUCGGGUUGCGGCCUGGGGUCUCAGUGCUGGUGGCUUCUAUGCUAUUCGUGCGUCUUGUGUUCAUCGCAAUCGUCUCCUUGGAGCUGUGGCUCAUGGCCCUGGAUCGCAUUAUGUCUUCAGCCCUGAGUGGUUGGCCAAGGCCAAUGACCAUGAGUAUCCGUUUGAGCUCACCACUGCCAUGGCCGAGAAGUACGGUUACGACAACGUCGAAGACUUCGUGCAGAAUGCCCAGAAGAAGUUCUCGCUUAUUGAGACUGGCAUUGUCCAACAGGAUAACUGCCGUUUGCUUUUGCUGAACGGCGUUGAUGAUGGUGUUGUUCCGAUUGAAGACUCGAUGGUCCUGCUUAACCAUGGAGGCCCCAAGGAGGGACGAUUCUUCGAGAACAGGGUGCACAUGGGUUACCCCGAUACUCUGCCAGUGGCUUACAAGUGGCUGGAGAGUGUCCUGUCGCCCAACAUGCCACAAGUCAAGAACUGA